AUGGCUAAAGAAUUUAAGUCACUUGCAUUGUUAUCAUCUUCAAUUCCAGAAGCUUUAUCAGAACAAAGUACUUCAACACUUGAACACGUUCCACCCACAUCAUCACCGGAACCAGGAGGUAUAUCAUCACCAGAAACUGAACCAAAAUUCGUAUCAUCACAAGAAACUAAACCAGAAGGUACAUCUUUAACAGAAACAGAACCAGAGGCCACAUCAUUACCAGAAACUGAACAAGAAACCACAUCAUCACCAGAAACUGAGCCAGAGGCCACAUCAUCACCAGAAACUGAACCAGAGGCCACAUCAUCACCAGAAACUGAACCAGAGGCCACAUCAUCACCAGAAACUGAACCAGAGGCCACAUCAUUACUAGAAAAUGAACCAGAGGUCACAUCAUCACCAGAAAAUGAACCAGAGGCCACAUCAUUACCAGAAAUUGAUCCAGAGGCCACACCAUUACCAGAAACUGAACCAGAAACCACAUCAUCACCAGAAAAUGAACCAGAGGCCACAUCAUUACCAGAAAUUGAUCCAGAGGCCACACCAUUACCAGAAACUGAACCAGAAACCACAUCAUCACCAGAAACUGAACCAGAGGCCACAUCAUCACCAGAAACUGAACCAGAGGCCACAUCAUCACCAGAAACUGAACCAGAGGUCACAUCAUCACCAGAAACUGAACCAGAGGCCACACCAUUACCAGAAACUGAACCAGAAACCACAUCAUCACCAGAAACUGAACCAGAGGCCACAUCAUCACCAGAAACUGAACCAGAGGCCACAUCAUCACCAGAAACUGAACCAGAGGUCACAUCAUCACCAGAAACUGAACCAGAGGCCACAUCAUCACCAGAAACUGAACCAGAGGCCACAUCAUUACCAGAAACUGAACCAGAGGCAACAAUAUCACUAGAAACUGAACCAGAGGUCACAUCAUCACCAGAAACUGAACCAGAGGCCACAUCAUCACCAGAAGCAGAACUGGAGGCCACUUUAUCACCAGAAACAGAACCAGAGGCCACAUCAUUUCCGGAAACAGAACCAGAGGUCUCAGUAUCAUCAGAAACAGAACCAGAGACCUCAUCAUUGCCAGAACCCGAAGCUGAGGCUGAGUUGAAAGUGAAUGAAAUUUUUCCAGAAUCCCCAAGUAUUGUUGAAUCAGAAACUGAACCUGAAGUUCGUCCGUCCGCAGUAGAAAUCGUGAUUCCUCCAUUCGCUUUGAUUCUUGUUAUUGGUUUUGCUGGAUUAACCCUUCUUCUUAAUUCUCAUUGUAAUAGCUUCAUGUUACUUCUAAAGAGGUCGAUAUUGAAAAAGGAGGAGAAGACGAGUUCCACUGUGAAGUUAUACGACAUAGACUAUGAAGAUGACCAUGAUUACUUGGAGGAGGACAAUUUUUACAGUGAUUUUGAUAAAGAGGUUAUUGAAAGCCUCAGUACAUCCCAUAACAGACCUCUGGAUCUAUUUAUCAUAGCUCUACCAGCUAUACUGUCCCUGGCUCUUUGUCCCAUAACAUUAUACUUAUAUUACCCUUUAGUCAACUUUUUAUGGCCACCUGAGGAGUUCGCUACUGCCCCAGAUAUUAAUGACGCUGUAGCAUGCUUUCUUGCACCAGCUGGUUUGGUUUAUGCAACAUCUUUUGGAUUUGCCUUUCAACAAGCUUUGUCAAAGCAGCAUCAUAUUCUUGAAAAAGUAACAAGCGAAAUCAGUAUGGUUGACCAGAUUGCUACUUUCUCUACUAAAAUGACUCUUUCUCGUCCAUCUGUUCGGCGCCAUAUAUACCGAGCAGUUAAGGCAGAAGCGAUAUUUAUGAUUUUGCAAUUGCUCAAUCGUGAACCUUCGUCUUACAAGAACAAACCAACUGAAGACAUUAAAGUUAAGAUCUGGAGCAUAGUGGACCUCCUGCGGCAGGUGGACACGAGUCCAAAAUGUCACGUGGACCGGAUUCUGUGUGAAAAGAUACUGUCACAUAUUAUGAAGCUAAACAGCAUUUGUUCAGACAGAAUCGGUGUCCUUCACUCAAAGAUCCAUCCAGUUAAAUGGGCGUUCCUUGAGUCCUUGGGCUUCUUUUCUUUCAUUGGAAUUUUAUUGUUGCGGGCUUACUCUUAUCGAAUGGAACUGGUAAUGUGCAUUAUCACAGUCUUCUCCAUCAGCAUGCUGUGUUACGUCGUCUCAGACCUGGACUCCCCUUUCAGUGGAUUCUUCCGGGUAGAUCUCUCUGUCCUCUCGCAUGUUCUCCAGAAGCUCGAGAACAUGUACAGCGAAUCCCUGAUAGAAGAAGCAAAGCAAACAGUGUCUAGUAGAAGUGUAAUAACCGUGAAACCUUCAGAUAAAAUGGUGGUGAAGAACAUGGAUUAUUCUGUCCAAAGAAAUGGUUGGUGCAAGGAGGAAAGUUGUGUGUGAUUGUAAUUACAUGACUAUUGGACUGUUGCUCUUUGAUGCUUAAGUAAAGAAACAAAUUGCAUUUUGACAGGAUCUUUAUGUGAA